AACUAUGUUCCAGCUUAUGUGAUGCUCCCACUUGGAGUGAUUUCUGCUGAGAAUGUCUUUGAAGACCCAGAUGGGCUCAAAGAAGGACUCUUGAAGCUACGAGGAGCAGGUGUUGAUGGGGUUAUGGUUGAUGUGUGGUGGGGUAUCAUAGAACUGAAGGGGCCUAAGCAAUAUGACUGGAGUGCCUAUAGGCGCUUGUUUCAACUGGUUCAGGAAUGUGGCUUGAAACUGCAAGCCAUCAUGUCAUUCCAUCAAUGUGGAGGGAACGUAGGAGAUGUUGUUAACAUCCCAAUUCCUCCUUGGGUACUUAACAUUGGAGAAUCAGAUCCUGAUAUCUUCUACACCAACCGAUCGGGUACCAGGAACAUAGAAUAUCUAACCCUUGGUGUAGACAAGCAGCCUAUUUUCCAUGGAAGAACAGCCAUUGAGAUAUACAGUGACUACAUGAAGAGUUUCCGAGAAAACAUGUCAGAUUUUCUUGCAUCUGGGCUUAUUGUAGAUGUUGAAGUUGGACUUGGCCCAGCAGGAGAGCUCAGGUACCCCUCUUAUCCAGAAAGUCAAGGAUGGAAAUUUCCUGGUAUUGGAGAAUUUCAGUGCUAUGACAAAUAUUUGAAGGCAGAUUUUAAAGCAGCUGCAGCAACGGCUGGCCAUCCUGAAUGGGAUCUGCCAGAUGAUGCAGGGAAGUAUAACGACGUACCAGAAUCUACUGGGUUCUUCAAAUCAAAUGGCACAUAUGUCACUGAGAAAGGGAAGUUCUUCUUAACUUGGUAUUCUACCAAAUUGCUGAAUCAUGGAGAUGAAAUUCUAGAACAAGCCAACAAAGCUUUCCUGGGCUGUAAAGUCAACUUAGCGAUCAAAGUAUCUGGAAUCCACUGGUGGUACAAAGUUGAAAAUCAUGCUGCUGAGCUUACUGCUGGAUAUUACAAUCUUCAUGAUAGAGAUGGAUACCGUCCCAUUGCAAGAAUGCUGUCUCGUCAUCAUGCCAUCCUUAACUUUACAUGUCUUGAGAUGAAGGACUCAGAACAAAGCGCUGAUGCCAAAAGUGGACCACAGGAACUUGUCCAGCAGGUCUUUAGUGGAGGUUGGAAAGAAAAUAUCCAAGUUGCUGGAGAAAAUGCACUUCCAAGGUAUGAUGCCACUGCUUACAACCAGAUCAUACUGAAUGCAAGGCCACAAGGUGUCAACAAAAAUGGCCCUCCAAAACUAAAGAUGAUCGGAUUCACGUACCUUCGUCUUUCAGAUGACCUACUACAACAAUCAAAUUUUGCUAUAUUCAAAAAAUUUGUGCUGAAGCUUCAUGCAGAUCAGGAUUACUGUGCAGACCCUCAAAAGUACAAUCAGGCCAUAACACCAUUGAAGCCACCAGAACCAAAGAUUCCCAUUGAGGUUCUUCUUGAAGCAACUAAACCAACAGCCCCGUUCCCCUGGCUUUCAGAGACAGACAUGAAAGUUGAUGGUUGAUUUGCCAAUUUGACGUGAGGAGUAAUUAAAAAAAUCUGCUGGAAAUAAUAUCUACUGUUCAGAUAUAAAUAAAUCACCCAGUCCCCCACGUCUGCGAUGCUAAUAAUAAUGCAAUAAUGUUGCAAUGUCUAAACAUCUAGAUAUUGCUCGGGUGUACUUUUAUGUGUGCUUUCCUAUCCACGAGUUUAAUAAAUUAUGUUAUCAAACUUCCA